CUCGGCGAUCUCCAUGGUCUGUGGCAAAGCCAGCGAGGAGGUUUGGCUGGAGCCCACUGGGCAGACCUGCAGGCCUGAGGCUGGGCCCGACAGACAGAUCUGGGGCCCACCUCUGCUCUGAGUGGCCUUGGCAAGUCCCUCCGUUCUCUGAGAACUGGGUUCCUCAUAAGUAAAAUCAGGGCGAAUGUCCCAUCCUGCAGGGUCUCCCACACCACGCCCCUGCCCGCCUGCCCCGAGUCCGGGGAGGCCAGCCUGGGGGCCCCUAACCUUUGCCUCCCAAGUGGCUUUGGCUGGUGGCACGAGAUGGGGGUAAGAAAGGGGAGGGAGAUGUCGGGGUACCACGAGCUUACUGUACCCCUCACCCAAAGGUCACGGCUCCUCAAGGCCUCGCCCCACAACUCACAUUUCCAAAUUCUGGUAGCCACGGAAACCGCUCUCUCCCCUCUAUUUAUCACACCCUCUUUGGGCUUGUCUGCAGGGUCUGUGAAGUUCAGACAGUAAAUGUUUUAGGCUUUGUUAGCUGCAGGCACACAGGUGACAUAGUCUUUGUUUUUGUAUUUCACUACCCUUUAAAAACGCGGACCCUGGCUCUAGCUGAUCCAGAUUUGGCUGUGCCACCUGCUUCCUGCCAGCACCCGGCCAGCCUACGGGGUCGUUAUAAUCACCGGAGAGACAGUUCCUGGGCCCGAGCAGCUCUGCAGAGUGGAGCUGCUGUUGGCACAGUGUGCUGGGGAUUUUCCUCUGAGUUUACCCGGCAUCUGGACCUGCUGGGGGUGGGGUCCACAGGUGCCCAGCUCUGGGAGCGCCCAGGUGCCCGGGAAGGGGGCUUACGUGGAGCCCAGGGGGCCUGGGCUGAGCCAGACUGUGGGGGUCACUCUGCUCCCUCCCGGGCUGGGCCUGCAGCACAUGGCUCCGAGCCCGGGUGGGGGGCAUGCAGGUAAACAAGAAGGAGUGCGUGCAUGAUGAAACCGCCAUUCCUGGGGCGCGGGACCCUCUAACAGUCUAGGGUGCACCAGGGGAGGCCCUUUCCCGCAUCCCCACAGUCUACCGGGCAAGGCCCCGGGAAGCAGGACAUCCUGCAAGCAGGGGCCACUCCUGGCAGGAGCAGCCUCACCUGGGGGUGCCCGCCAACACCUGUGCCCCGUGUGGCAGUCCCUGGCGGGGUGAGGGGUAGCGGCACUGGCCGUCCGACACGGCAGAUGGCGGAGGGUCCAGGAAGCCUCGGUGCCCGCGCCUCUGUUCCCCGUCCCUGGUGUGUGGCCGCGCCCUUGGAUCUGUUCCUUGUCAUAACCGGAGCAUGGGCAGCUGUGGCCGGGCCGCUGUGAGGUCCAGCUGCCCAUCCCUGUGUGUGCAGGCCGAACUCCCACCCCAUCUGUUGGCCCACUGAUUUAAGGUUAGGUCCUUUCUGUUUUGCCGGGGUGUUGGUUUCAUGACGGGCAUUUGCUCAUCAGAGGCUCGUCCUGGAGCGAGAUGAUUUUGCUGGUUGGGCCUCGAGGUCUCUGGGGCCACAGGGGCCACCAGAAGUGCUGCUAGGAAAGGUCGGCAGAUGUGCCAGGUGCUCCCGACACGAGUUUCGGCUGAGCUCUCAGUCGGGACAGGUGAAGGCUGGCCCCCUCUGCCAGGCAGCUCUCGGGCCUGUCAGCAAUCCGCGAGGCGGCCCGGCCGGGGCAGCGCGAGUCUCUGACACCCUGUCAGUCACAGGUGCUUCCCGCCGGUGCCCGGGAGCAGGCCCAGGGAGGAAAGCUGCCCCUUGGGCGGGGACACUGUCACCCUGACCAAAGCCGCCUGUCCGCGGUCUUGCCAGCUGAGUAAUGCAAUCAACGAUCAAAGCGCGUCUUCCUGUCUGAGGGUGAAGACGUUGGCAAAAGAAUAAAGUCUUUGUGUGAAGAGGCGUGUCCAAGAUGAUGUCUCACGGGCACGAGGGCAGAGGUGGAACCGGUUGGAAAUUCCUCUCGAGAUCCCCCACAAAUUGGUUUUUCUGCAACUCCGGCUGCAAGAAACGUGGGGACAGAAGGCCGAGGGCCGGGGGCGUGUGUCGGGCAGCCUGGAGGGACCGCUGGGCCGCGGGUGACAUUGAGUCAGCUCGAGUUGACGGCAGCCUCAUCCUUCCAGGAGCUCCGUGCAACCUUGGCCCUCACGUCCGCUCGGUCACCCAGUCCCGCGUCAAUGGUUACCCGGAAUCCACGACCUGCGGCCAGCUCCACCGGCCCCUACCCGAUAGGUCUCGCAGUCGCAGCCCCACCGCCCCCAGGUCCUGCCCGGUGCCUUCCCAUCACGGCAGCCGGGCCAGCCUGGAGCACCUGAAGUCGGGCGCAGGAUUCACACCUACGCUUCCUUUUAAACGUUUCACAGUUUUGGCUCUUAGGUCUUUGAUCCAUUUUGAGUUAAUUUUUGUGUAUGGCAUCGACAUGGGGCUCCAGCUUCAGUCUUUCACUGGGUGUCCAGUUUUCCCACAGCGUGUGCAGAAGGCACCGUUCUUUCCCCACACGAGUGGGCCCAGCCCUCUGUUGGAGAUGUGAGAAUGGGAUUUUUUUUUUAGCUUUCACACAGGAGAGGUGUGCCUGGCGGGUGGGGUAGUUCAGGAAUUGGCAGAAGGUUAAAAAGACAAAUUGUAGUCCAUGGUCGGUCCCCCUGUUGAUCCACCCACUAUCUACUAUCCUUGCAAGGUGGAGGCUAGGGGUGGGGGUGGCGGGUAGAGGUUCCCAGAAUAGCCUCAUAACUUGUUACCAAACUAGCCCAGACUGGCUCUGAAGAGGCCUGGGCAUACCCAUUGUAGUCAGGGGUGGGGAUUUGUUCCAGUUUUCAAAUGUUGCAAAUUCGCACAGGAACCUUAUUUUAAAUGUUUCCAAUUUGCAUGGGCUGCAUGUUUCAAAUUUGCUGGGCUAGUUAGGCUUGUGGAAUAGAAUGUAACCUCUGGAAUAUCAGCCACUGGGGAAACACGGGAGGGACUUGCGAGUUAGGCGAAUGGAAUAAAUAGUGCUGGGUCUAUUGUUCUG